GUUCUUAGUUCUUUUUUUUUUUUUUUUUGCUAUAUAAUCUUUUUUCCUUCAUGGGUUUUCUUAAAAAUUAGUGUUUUUGUUUUUUGUUUUUUUGUUUUCUUAAGAUUUAGUUUUCUGGUUGUGUUCUGACUUUAUUUUGUAGGGUUUGAGAAGUGUUAUUUUUGUUGUAGUGCUUCCUCUUCAUUUUUUCUCGUUUUGAUAUUUAUAUAUUAUUAUUAUUAUUUUAUUUUCAUAACUUAUAUAGUGGAAGAAAUUUGUCUUUAUAAAGAGUAAUCUCUUUAUGAUUAGUUUUUGUAUGAAUGAUCUAUUAGGAAAUAGUCGUGAUAUUUUAAUAUGUGAUUUUCGUGCAGAAAAUGUGUUGAUUCUUUAUUUUUAGAUUCAUAAAGAAGUCCUCUGACACACCCUUAUACAGCUUUAUUUGGACUUCCAUUUUUGUUAAAAUACUUCCUUCUCUAGUUUGGAAAAUUUGAAAACGUAAAGAAAUAUAAAAUUUACAGGGAAUACACACACUCACUUUGAACUUCUGACAAGAAAGCAGAACCCUAAAUGUAGAAGUUGAAUGUCUUGAGUUGUGUUGCCUUUUUUUUUUUUUUUUUUGGCUGAAUUUUUAUGGGUUAGUUUUAUAAGAUCUGUCAUUUUUUAUUUUAUUUUAUUUUAUGUUAUUCUUGUUGAACUGUUCUAUAAUCAUCUAUUUUCUCUUAUUUCAUUGCUAUGUUUUUGUUCUUUAGGAACCAUAUUUUAUUUGAAUAUUAUGUUUGUUUUGUCUAAUCCUGUUGUGUUCAAUAUAUAGUACUAGAUAUGAAAUGGAUUCUUUCGAGGCUUCAAGAGUUCUCUACAGUAGGAUCCGGAAAUUAGAACCAGAGAAUGUUACAAAUAAGAUAAUUGGGUAUCUUCUUUUAAAACAUGGUGAACAGGAAAUGAUUCGGUUUGCUUUUGGACCUGACCAUUUAAUCCUCAACUUGAUACAUAAAACCAAAUUUCAACUUUGUUUAGGCUCAAAAACUGUAGGGUCACCUCCAAUUUCACCUUCUGUGAACCCAAUCCCCAUUUCGACUUUUCCCCUUCCAUAUACUCCUUUGUCACCGGCUUCCUCUCAUUCUUUUUCAUCCCCGAAGCACCCUACACAUAAUUCGGAUUUCAUACCAUUGUGCUACUCGGAUUCGACCUUUGAAGAUUAUAGGCUCCAAAACAUGUUGUUGGAGGAUCAACUAGAACCUCUUAAAUCAGGAAUUUCAGGUUAUCCAAAUGAUUACUACUAUCCUGUGUUUGACAAUAUGAGUGUGAGAAGCAGGCUAUAUUCAGAAGCUACAUUGGGCAGCAGUUUAAGUGUGAGGUGCGGCCCACGAUCUCUAAGCCUGUCGGAGUUCCCGGUCAAGACUUGUCACUAUUUCAAUAAGGGGUUUUGUAAGCAUGGAAGUAGCUGUAGGUACUUCCAUGGACAAUCCUUUCCGGAGGACUUCUCUCAUAUGUUUGGUCUAUCUCCGUUUGAAGAUCAACUUAUCUCACCUGGGUCACUUGAAAAGUUAGAAUUAGAAAUCACUGAGCUGCUGAAAUCGAGAGGAGGUAACCCUGUUUCAAUAGCCUCUCUGCCCAUGAUGUACUAUGAGAAAUAUGGGAAGACUCUUCAAGCUGAAGGAUACCUCACUGAGAGCCAAAGACAUGGUAAAGCUGGGUAUAGUUUGACAAGACUUCUUGCUCGAUUGAAGAACAGUAUUCGGCUUAUUGACAGUUACAGGCCUCAUGGGCAGCAUUCAGUAAUUUUGAUGGAAGAUGCACCGAAAUAUAUGGAAGAUCGGAGUGAAAGAAAUGACCCUGGUCCAAUUGUUAGUGGGUCACGGCAGAUAUAUCUAACUUUUCCAGCGGAAAGCACUUUUACAGAGGAAGAUGUCACCAAUUACUUCAAUACCUUUGGGCCAGUUCAUGAUGUAAGAAUUCCUUGCCAACAGAAACGGAUGUUUGGAUUUGUUACUUUUGUUAGUGCAGAUACUGUGAAAAUGAUUUUGUCAAAGGGAAACCCACAUUAUGUUUGUGGGACUCGUGUUCUUGUGAAACCUUACAGGGAAAAAUCAAAGCUCAUUGACAGGAAGUACUCCGAGAAAUUUGAGCCUCCAUUAUAUUACCAUUCACACCAUAUGUACAUGGAUUCUGAGCUUCACUCAAGACCAACAGGAUGGGAAUCCCCUAGAUUGCUCAGGAAGCAGCUUAUGGAGGAGCAUGAACUGGCCCUUGAACUUGGGAGAAGGCGUCUCUCAGAGCUGCAGGUAGCACAAAAACCUCAGGCCAAUCAAUCUUAUAUUGACUACUCCAUGGAUGAGCUGAAAGCCUCAGAAGUUUGUGCAGAUCAUUCCAAGUUCCCAUCAGCUGAACGUUUCAACCACCUGCUAGAUGUUCUGAGCGGUGGCUCCACAAGUGAUGACAACCCCAAGCAUGUGGUUGGUAGUUGCAGCACUGACCAGGAGAGCAAUCAAGGACUUGAUCUCCCCGAGAGCCCAUUUGCUGCAUCUCCAAUGGAAAGCAAUGUAUCUACAGCUAUAUAGGCUAUACAAAGAAGAAUUACAGUUUAUAGGGUAGUGGUUUUGAAAGGGAACAUCUUUGAUUUGCCACAUUCAACUCUUUUACGCUAAUUCUAAACUCGAUCAUCAAUCAAUCAAAAGUUCCUGGCGAGUACAUACUAGGUAAGGAAGAAGCAUUUCCUCCCGUUUACAAAGAAGAAUAUAACACAGAAAGGUACAUGUAGGAAGCUUUUUCUUUGUUAAUGUUAAUCACAGAAAGAAGGCAAAGAGGUUUGGAUGUGUAGAGAGAAUUUAACGUAGUCGUUAGUUAAUGAAAGAAGCUAGUAUAUGUGGAGGGUUUCAGAGAGGUUAAAAUAGUGUUUAGAAUCUCUGCAACACAGAGCAACUGAUGAAAAAUUUUACCUUGAAACACAAGGGUUAGUAGCAAUUUAUGAUGUUGCAUUUUGUUUUUCGCUCCGUGGUUUUCUGUUCAAAGUCCUAUCUAUCUUUGUGGUGAAUCAAAAAUACUAAAUGAACAGCUGAAUAGUUGUGUUA